AUGGAGCACUUCCCAGAAACUGCACUAGCCAAGUUUACAGACCUCCAGUCAACGAUGGAGUUGCGUGGAUGGAAUGAACGGGACGAGGAAGUGGCUCUUUUAAGGGAGCUCAAAGAGCAAGAUAAGCAGAUCCAAGCCAUGUUUUUGAAGCUUGAUGACACUCGCUUCUAUUUCGACGGUGUAAUCGAUGCGAAGCUGAAAGACAUGAUUAGAUAUAUCUACCGAGCAACUAAGCCAGCCAACAUGCCAACCGACGACAGGAAAACGUUUGUCCAAAAUGUCAAGGUCCUCAACGAUAACGUCACAACCAAGAGGAAAGCUGUCGAGAACGCCAUGGCGGACACUCUGACAAGAUUCUCAUGCAACCGCGGCGGCCGCCGCAGCCUGGAUUGA